UCCGGUAACUACGUGAGGCGGCGAUAAGGACCGACCGGAGGAGGAGCUCCAGCUGUGUGUCACCGAUGAUUCACGGAGGCUGAGUUAACGGGAGAUGAGCGGCGGAGGCCGAACAGAGAGCACCAUGAUGGGACGGAACACGGUCCGACUGUGGCUGACAUGGGUUUGCGUGGUGCAGACGUCUGGGUUGUUGUCUCAUGUGGAGCGAUACGAGGUGGUCAGGCCUCAGAGACUUCAGGGGAGGCAGAGGAGGAGCCUGCAGGAGAGCCAGCUCUAUCCUGACACGGUUCAGUACCAGUUGGCCAUUGAAGGGACAAACCACACCAUUCAUCUGGAAAAAAACGGGAAUCUCAUUGGGAGAGGCUUCACUGAGACACGUUAUUCAGAGGAUGGCAAACGGGUGACGACAUCACCAGACGAGGACCACUGCUACUAUCACGGUCAUGUCGAGGGCGUGAAGGACUCUUCAGUCAGCGUUGGGAUUUGUUCAGGCAUUAGCGGCUUUGUGAGAGCCCGGCAGCAGGUUUACCUGAUAGAGCCUCUGGGACAGUCUGACGAUGGUGAUCAUGCAGUUUACAGACGGGAGCACCUGAAGAUCAGCGGCAGCCCCAGCUGUGGCUCCUCCUCCAACACCACCACGCCGUACGACCAGGAGCAGGCCCAGCGCCCUCCGCUCUCUGGCCUCUUCAGGUCCAGGUCAUGGAAAACUAAACCCAUCGCAGGUCCACAGAGGUUUGUCGAGCUGGUUGUGGUGGUGGACAAUGCUGAGUAUAAACGAUUUGGCAGCGAAACUAAAUCCCGUGUUCUCGGAGUUAUAAAUCACGUUGACAAGCUGUAUCGACCUCUAAACAUUCGCAUCAUCCUGGUGGGCUUGGAGAUUUGGACGUACAAAGACUACAUUGAAGUUGACAUUAAAUCAGAGACGACUCUGGACCACUUCCUGCUGUGGAGACAAGCUGAUCUUUUGAAGAGGACGAAGCACGACAAUGCCCAAUUUGUGACUGGCACAGAUUUUGAAGGAGACACAGUCGGACUGGCAAAUAAGUUUGCCAUGUGCACUGGAAACUCAGGUGGAGUCAACCAGGAUCACCAUGACAACCCAGUAGGCCUCGCCUCCACCAUCGCUCAUGAGAUGGGACACAAUUUCGGCCUGUCGCAUGAUGGUUUCAGUUGUACGUGUGGUCCGUCUUACAGUGGGAACUGUGUGAUGGCAGAAAAGCUCAGGACAGGAAAUGAAGCCUUCCCGGAGUUUUUCAGCACCUGCAGUGUGGAGCAGCUCGCUGAAUUCAUGGAACGAGCUCGGCCCAGCUGCUUGUCAAAACCCAGUUCGGUUAGGACCAUCGCUCCGGGGCCUGGCUGCGGCAACGCCCUGCUGGACCCUGGAGAGGAGUGCGACUGUGGCACUGUGGAGGAAUGCACGAAUCCUUGUUGUGAUGCCUCAACUUGUCGCCUGACUGAAGGAUCCCAGUGUGCUCAUGGACAAUGCUGUGACAACUGCCAGCUCCAACUGGCUGGAAGUGUGUGCAGAAAGUCAGCAGGUGACUGUGACCUGCCUGAAUACUGCACCGGAGCGUCAGAGGAUUGUCCCGAAGACAGCUUUGAGAUGAAUGGCAAGCCCUGCUACGACCGGGUGCAGGGCUACUGCCACAAUGGACAAUGCCCGUCUCAUGAGCAGCACUGCUGGAGGCUGUUUGGACAAGGGGCCAUAGUUGGACCAGAUCUGUGUUUUAACCUGAACAAACGGGGCGAAGAAGGUGCCAACUGUGGGAGGACCAAAUUUGGCUACACCCCCUGCUCUGCCCAGAACCUUAUGUGUGGAUCUAUAUUUUGUGGAGGAGGCGGCGAGUCCAUCACAGGUAAAGGGGCAUCCUACACCGUGUACAAGAUCGAGUGUAAACUAGUUGUGGAGGACGACAAGACCAGAAACAUGGACAUGGUGCCAAACGGAACCAAAUGUGGACCAAAUAAGAUUUGUCUCGGCAACAGAUGUGUGGACAUGUCUGUUUAUGGGAAGAAGGAGGAUUGUGAGAAGAAAUGCAACAACAAUGGGGUGUGUAAUCACAAGAACGAGUGCCACUGUAAUCCUGGCUGGGCUCCACCGUACUGCGACAUCCAGUAUGCAGACUUACCUCAAGGUCAGAUUGGGAUAAUAGCCGGUGUGUGUGCAACUAUCUCCAUCCUGGUGGUGAUCACUGCGGUGACUGCAGGGCUGAUGUGCUGCAGAAAGGACAACAUGGACAACUACAUCUCCAAAAGGAAAGUGCAUUCAGCCCCCGACAAGCUGAACCCGAUGUUCCAGGAGUCGAGUGUUAAAGACAGACCUCAGAUCAGUCAGCCCACUUUCAUGGAGUCAACAGCAACACAAGCCUGCACUCCUCUGAUGGUUCGUGUGAGUCCCUGCAGAGCUGCUCCACAGCCACCAAAGAAACUCUCCUCAGAGUGUGUGACCUCACAAACUGAGCCGACAAAACCUCUACCUCCAUCUAAACCUUUACCUUCGCUGAGUAACACACAGUAUACGGCAGUCAAACCAAAUCCUCCUCCUGUACCUCCAGUCAAGCCCAGUCCUCCCACUGUACCCCGAGUCAAACCCAGUCCUCCUCCUGUACCUCCAGUCAAGCCCAGUCCUCCUCCUGUGCCCCCAGUGAAGCCACACAUUGUGCGACUCACAUGAAAAUCUCAUCAGAAGUAUCAGGUUGAACCAAAGCUUCAGACGUCCAGCGUGGAGUUACAGAGAGAGUGAGAUCCUCUCUGGGAUCACGUGUGUGAGUCACAGAGAUGGAAGACUUUGGAAAACUUUACUCUUGUCUUAAAGAUGGCUUCAGUGAGCGCAGCUUCACCGGCUGAGAAUGUCUUUGAUGACCGACAGCAUCACAGCUGCUGUGGAAAACUGAUUUUGGGGCAAACUGCUGUAACUGCAGCUGCAGUUGUUGUGUGUUCGUUUAACUUGUCUCAUUACAGCGUGACCAAAGUGGUGCUCACAUGAAAAUGUACUUAAUAUUUAUUUAAUGUCUUUUUAAGGGACUGUAUGAAAAUUAUUAUAGUGUGAUGUAUUAUUCCUUGAUGGGGGGGUAGUUUUUGGAGGAUAUGAGGGCUGCACCACAGAACCAGAUUUCAACAGCAGAGUUUUCCAUGUUACAAAGGUGACUCUCUUAAAACCGGGUUAGAUCGUCAUGGUAACAUACGCUGCACACCUAACCUGGUCGGGACCAGUUUAUGUUCAGAGUUUGGGCUUCAUUGGACAAACAAGCAUCUUUCACUAAUCAGCUCCUUUGGAAAUGACGUCACUCGACAGUCACCAGCCAGUCUUGAGAUUCUCAGCUGAGGGAAAACGUUAUAAAUUCAAACCUGUUGAGUCGUAACGUUAUGUUAAAGCCAUGCAAACAGGCGACAGUUCAGCAAACUGUCUGCAUCCAGUUGCCAUGGGAACAAACGUGCACGCAGGUUGUGAUGCAGAACAUCUGAACAAGAAUGUUGUUUUAUUUUAUUUGUUGCUCUGAUUGAAUACUGAGUGUGUCUGUCAUGUUCUCUGGUCCGCUCGCCAACUCAGGAAGCACAAGGAGCCUUUUAUAAAGUCACAGGCAGAGUUACACAUUGAUCGUUCACUAUGUUAUCGAUCAGGAUGAGUUUAUUUGUGUUCAGUUCCUUCAAACCAUUCGAUAACACGACCACGUUGGGUUAUGUUUUUAUGCCCGGUCCUGAUUUGCUGAAGUCGGUUUCACACUGCUGGUACAUCACAGCUAACAGAACCUGAACUAGAACAUUGAUUAUAUUAGUCUGAUGGUAUUGAUCACAGAUGAUAUUCAAUCAGUAUAAUUCAGUUCCCUUUGAUUUGGCCAAAAGCUAAAGUGAUUUCCACGUCUCCUUCAGUGUGAGACAGCGUCAGUCCCUUAAUGCAGUUCUUGAGUUAAAGGUUUAAAUCUGCUGUGUAAAGUUUAACGUUUAAGAGCUGUUGAACGUGCAGCUGUCACCUUAGAAAUAAACAGAGCAGUGACAUGAACGCAUUAACGUAGAAUUUUACAUAAUUCGUCAUUUCCUGCCAGCAUUCGUUUCUCACCUUACUUGCAGUGACAGAGUCGCUUCUCGCUGUUUUGUCAUAUUCUUCAUAGGCAAACGUACAUGGUUCACGAUAGGUUCAUGUUGCGUUAUAGUGUGGUCAGAAUACUGUAAAACUUCAAGUAAUAGCCUCGUCCCAAUUAAAUGCACAGUCCCUUUUUCUAGCCCAGUGUAGCCACACAUUCUGACAUAUAAAGGCCCGUCUCCAUUAGAGGCCCGUCUCCAUUAUGUGUCGACUCCUUGAGUUACUCAUAUUCCAUUAGUCUGCAUGGGUCCUCAGAUCAAAAGAAUCAAAAGUGUUUUUCAUGAAAACUAAUCCAAGUUGUGAGGAUGGUUUUAACACGAUAAAGUGCUGUUGUGUCGGUGUGCCGGGCAACGUAACCCUCAAAUGCCGUGACUCACAGCUUCUCUCCGACGGGCUGUCUGCUGUCGGAGCCACAUCAAAUAAAUGAUUCAUAAUUGACAUAUUAUUGGAAGCCUAAUUUUUUAACAAGUAAUAUUCAAACUGGUUUAAACAAACAAUUUGAUUCGUUUUGUGUGAAUAUAAAUAUAGGCCUGUUGAUUUAAGCAAAUAAUAGCCCGGGCUAUUGAUUGAUGUUUUAUGGUAUGCACCAAACGUCCUGUCUUAUGAGACAAUACAGAGCCAAAAGAAGAAGUUAAGUGAAGAAGUUGAUAACCACCGUCAUGUUGCCUGUUACCUCUGACAGGGGCAUCGGGGUUUGUCGCGCCAGCUAAUGCAAAGAAAGCUUGACUCUGUUGAAUUAGUUUCAUGGUGCACCUCUUUGAGGAGGUGUUUUUACAUUUUUCUAAUCUCAGAAAUAUUAUACUUGUUAGUCUGUUGGCUGUCUGGUGCUGAGCAGGUCGAGCACUGUGGCUUUUUACAUCUUAGUUUUUCCUGUAAACGAUGCUGUGAGAGCCGUGAGAGUGAAGCAGAGCAGUGAAGUAGUCAAGCAGAUGAACAAUGAGCUAAAACUUGAUCUAAAGUGGAGCUGCAGAUUCAGCUGAUAAUUAUCUAUCCUUCCACCUCGUCAUCUCAAACACUGCUAUUAUUAUAAAAAUAACAAUCGUAGCUGCUUAAAGUUUUUAGGCAGGAGGUCGCAGCAGUUUUUGUCAAAGCCGUCUCUCUCUAAUAAUUUCUGUACAGUCCCUAAACUGUGACCAAAGCCAGUCUGCCUUCAUUUUGCACUGUACUUGAAAACCUCUGAAUGGUACACACAGUGUUCAGAUGAGCUGUGUGAGUUACUGUGGUUCAGCUUCAAACAUUUACACACUCCUUUGUCUGUCUCCAGUCCUGAGGGAGGUGUGUGACCGAGCCUCAAGGAACAAGUCACUUUAAUCUUUCCAUGUCAGCAGUCACAGGGUUUCUACCUUGUUUGUUAAAUUAUAAAUCAGAGGCACCAUCACUGAUCAGUCGUAAAAUCUCAGUUUGUGCGAUCGCAAUGGUUUCAAUCUGUCACGUUAUUGAAUGUAAAAACUGAAUGAACUCCUGAGAUGCCUUUGUGUCAACAGAUGAAGUGCACUUUAUUUAAAAAAGUAUCCGCUGUGUUUCCUCAGAGGUUUAUUAUGGGUAUUAAAUAAUGAUUAAACACUUUUCUCAGUGA